CAAAAAUAACAUAAGCCACAUUGUUUGAAAACUGCCCCGACCGCCUUUUUUUCUGUAAAUUUACUUUAACUUUGAUUAAAAAAUGAACAGGAUUAAAAAGACUACUAUAGCGAGCACAGCCCUUUUGGCAUUGGAUCAAACCAAAGAGAAGUAUGACUUAAUUUUAAACAAACCAUCAAAUGUGCCUUAUCUGGCGAGCCUGUUUCCUCAAGAAAUCCUUAUUAAAAUCUUUAGCUAUUUUGACCUUAAGGACUUGGUAAAACUAGCAGGUGUGUGUAAGUCUUGGCACGACUUAAUCCACGGCACACCGCAAUUUUGGUGGAACGCCCACCUAAAACUAUCAUGCAAAAAACAGUCCAAGCUAAGACAAAACUCUUACUUGUUCGCCAAACUUUACGGAAGCCGGUGCCGGAAUUUGGUGAUCAAUUGUGAGCACCGGUCCUUCUACUAUCUCGCCUGCUGUAAGAAUAUGACCGUCUAUUUACGGAAACUAUUGCUACUUUUAAAGCCAACAAAGCUGACGUCAUUUAAAAUAUCUGACGCGCGUAUGGGUUGCGAAAGAGAGUCCGUUAGGUCAAGCAUCCUUCAAAUUCUGACACGAAUGCUGUCCAGAUUUGACUGUCUGCAAUGUUUUGCAAUGCCUUAUGCAAAAUGGCGACUCCUCGAAGGCAUCAAAGUCCUUGACGCAGUAAUAUCAGCGUCCAAAGAAACUAUUCAGUCUCUAAUGAUUGACGGCUUUUUCCAGUUAUUUAUAGUGUUAUUUCCCGAGGAACCUGUAAAUUUUGAUAACGUGACCAACAACAUACUUUCUUUAAAAAAAUUGAAAAAACUGGGGAUCGACUACUUUGUUCUGACCGAUGAUUUUGUUAAUGCGCUGUCUACUUCCUGUGCACAGUUAGAAACAUUGAGAAUAUGUGCGCCUUAUGUUUGCGUUGCUACAAAAACAAUCACUCAAAGCUGUUGGGUUAAAUUGAUAAAAGUUUUUCCAACGAAGAAAGUUGAGUUUUCUGUUAAUAGCCUUACUGAAGACGCUUCUGUGUCCGUCCCGGCCGUAUUGGAUCCAGUGUUACCCAUCACCAAGAUCCGGUUGAACAUUCUUUGUUUCAACACCAAUGCUAUACCGAAUACUGGGGCUGUGCUGCAACAUAUUUCGUCCCAUUUCAGUCGUAGUCUGGUUAAAUUCGAGAUGAACAUUGACAAUCUCGACGGCCCUAUUGACGGCGCCUUAGAGAUAUUUGUCAGGAAUUGUCCACGUCUACUACAUCUAAAGGUCUCGGCUCACUUUGCUAGUCCACAUACACAACAGCGAGUUCUGGACCUGAUACAAGCCAGAAGGCAAAGGCUCAUAGAAUGUAAACAUCUAGAGAUUUCUAACAAGCGACGGAAACUAAACCCGCCCGACGGCCCAGGUUCGACUACCGCCAAUACAGAGAGUUAGGGAUCUAAGUGCGAGAUAAGGUCAUAGUGAGCUAACACUGUCCAUGGGUCAGUCUAGCUCCACGGAAACAAUGCCAUCUAUUAUAGGAAGCUUUUGUAAUGUUCACCAUCUGUAAUCAGCUACCAUCAUGAAAUAUUUAAUUGAGAUCAUUAUUUCCAUCUAUUUAAAUGGUUGAAUAAAAAGAUCAAUAGUUUAGUUAAGGCGAUUAACAUAAAAAGUAUGAA